AUGGCAGAAUAUUUAUUAAUAUUUAAUAGAAAUGAAUUAUUAAGAGCUAAAAGUCUAUUAGAUUUGAUUUAAUUGACUGAUUAAUUCAAACCAGAUGAAAUUCUUUAUAAUUAAUUAAUAGAUGCUUGUGUUAAAUUUAAUGAGAUUUAGAAAGGCAUGGAAUUAUAAAGAGAAAUAAAAAUAAACAAAUUGAUCCAUCAUCUGUUAUUUAUGAAAUCUUAAUUAAAGCAUAUGGAAAAAAGAAUGAUUUGAAUGGAGUAUUUAAAAUAUUUGAAGAAAUUAAAUAAUAAAAGAUACCAAUAAAUGAUUUAACUUAUGGAUGUUUAGUUGAUGCAUGUGUGAGGGAUGAUAGAUUGGAUCAAACAUUAUAAUUUAUUAAUUAAAUGAAAUCAUAAAAUCUUCCAAUCAACACUGUUCUUUAUACAAUAAUUAUCAAAGAAUUUUGUAAAUUAAAUUAAAUUGAUGAAGUAAUCAAAUAUUUUAAUCAUAUGAAAUAAGCAUCAAAAACUUAUCCAAAUCUCAUUACUUAUAAUUCAUUAUUGAAUGGAAUGGUAAAGAAUGAAUUACUCAAUUAAUCAGAUUAAUUAUUUUAAGAAUUAGUUGAAUCUACAAUCAAACCAGAUAUCAUUACUUUUAGUACUUUAUAAAAAGGACAUUGUAGAAGAAAUAAUAUGAAGAGAAUCAAUGAAAUAGUAUAAUUUAUGAUAAAUUUUUUAAUUAAUCGUGAUAAGUCUUUAUUUUAAUUGAUUUUGGAAUGCUAUCUCAAUCAAUAGUAGUAUCAUAUAGGAAUUUAUAUAUUUGAUCAGUUUUGUCAUCAAAUUCCUUAAUUCAGUCAAUUAUUAUUAAUAAUUAUAAGAUUACAUAAUUUAUAAGAAAUUAGUUUAGGCAAUGCCAUUAUUAAAUAGGUUACAUCAAUUAAUGGAUGAGCAUAGAAUUUAACCCUUAUCUUUAGAAUAGACUAUAAAUUCUUUAUUAUUGUAUAAAUUAGAUGAAUAAAUUUAUUCAAUAAUCACUUACAUUGUAUUAAUAGCCUUAAAAAUGAAUUAUAAUAUAUCAAAUUUGGAGACUUUAUUAUAUAGUUAAAAUUCUUAAUUAAUAUUGUUAUUAUAAAAUACUACUUAACUUCCAUUCAAUAAGUUAUAAUAGAUAUUACCAGAAUUAUCCAAUAGAGAUUAAAAUAUGUAGAGUAUUUAUUAAGAAAAAUAUUAAGAAUGAUUUAAAGGAACCAUUAAAUGAAUAAUUUAUUGAAGUAUUUUUGUAAUGUAACAACAAUAAUAAAAAGAGUAAAGUUUAAGAAAGAUCAUUAGCAUUUAACAUUAAAAACAAAGAGAAUGUCUAUUAUCCAAAAGAUUAGUAUAAUCAUUAUGAAAAGAAUGAUUUAGAUGAAUUUAUGCGAAACAAACAAUAUGCAAAGAGAAGAUGA